AAAUAAUUGCUUUCGACAGUCGAUUUGAAGAAUAAUUCUUAAUAGGAUAGAACAAGAUGCAGCUUCGCGGGAUACUCGGCACCAUCCUAUGUGCUACUCUUACCGAUGUUAUUAGCGGGUCUAUUAGUCAAAAACUGUUCCGCCACAUCGUCGUCAACAUGACGGAAGUGUUGCAGUCUGGAGCGGUGGUCGAAACACUUCUCGGCGUCGGAUCAAUUUUCUGCGCAAACUUGGCACGCAAAAACAUUGACAUGUACACAACGUUCUGUACCGCCGAGAACGGCGAUUGUUACAUUGUGAACAAGGUUUACCCAGCGUACUAUGACGAUGGAAGUCCGUAUCAGGGAUACAAGUGUUACACCAGCACCCCGCCACUCAUCGACUAUGCUGCAGCCAUCGCGGCCUGUGGGGCCAGCUUCUGCUGCCCCCCGCCCUUCAAGAUGGAAGGCAGCCUGGGGUGUAUCUACCUCGACCUCGAGGAGCUGAUCUGGACUGACGCAGUGCAGAAGUGCAGGUCCUACUGGCCUACCUCGCACCUCUACAUGGGGCCUUCAAGCGCAGCUAUGAAGGCUUACCUCUCUGCUAAAGGUUCAAACGAAAAUUGGAUAGGAGCACACUAUGUAGGUAACGGAACAUGGAAGUUCCUCAACGGGGAAGUGGCAUCGGGAAGCUGGGGCUCCUCUGAGCCCCAUAUCCUCAACAUCUGGAUCUUUGGGCCACCCGGGCCAUGGGACUGCGUAAUGCAAACUACGUACAGCAAGUGGAGGGACAUGCCUUGCCUGGCGAAAAUUCCCUCCAUUUGUGAAAUCAAAGAAUGAAGCCUGGCGAAAAUUCCCUCCAUUUGUGAAAUCAAAGAAUGAAGCCUGG